GCUUCGAGGAACAUUAAGCCCAUUAGUUCACUCUCCCUUGACGCAUCUGCGACGCCGCCGCCGCCUCCAUCGAACCUCCGCCGCCGCCUCCAUCGAACCUCGUAUGGGGAAGAAGAAUAAGAAGGAUUCAGGUAAUGGAUCCGACGUGAUCAAGUCUCUUUUCUCCGCCGAUAACCCAUUCCGCCGCACGCUCCAGGAGGAGUUACCCGUCGCCUCACCGGCGCCGGAGCUAUUGCUCGCCGAACAGUCCUUGGACCGAGAAGAUCGCGCUGGAGUUGAUGUCGCAGACGCGAGGAAGAGAAAGCGUGAUAAGGUGAAAGUAACUCCUGUCCUCGACUCGACCUUCGCUUCGGUUCCCGAGAAAAGGGAGCGAGUUGGCGACGAGAAAGAAGAGAAGAGAAAGAAGAGAAAGAAGGCUGAGAUUGAGGAGGCGUACGAGAAGAGAAAGUACGGUGUAGAAGAGAAUGCUCCCGAGGGCGGUGAAAGGGCCGCUGUGGUUGAGAAAAAGAGGAAAGCGGAGGAUUCGGACUCAUCGCAACAGAUUGUCCCCGAGAAAUCGUUUGAUGAUGAGAGCAAGAUUGCGAGGACGAUUUUCGUGGGCAAUUUGCCAUUGAAGACCACCAGAAAGGCUUUGUCCCAUGAAUUUAUAAAGUUUGGGCAGAUUGACUCUGUCAGAAUUAGAUCCGUGCCGAUUGUUGAUACUAAGGUUCCCAGAAAGGUGGCGAUACUGAAGGGAAAAGUUAAUGAUGCUGUUGAUCGUGUAAAUGCAUACAUUGUGUUUAAAAAUGAGCAAUCUGCUAAGGCUGCAUUAUCUCUGAAUAUGACAUUGUUUGGAGGAAAUCAUAUUCGUGUUGAUAUAGCGUCUCCACCAAGUAAGCAGCAGAUAGGAGAGGCUCCCCUCUAUGAGAGAAAGAAGACUGUUUUUGUAGGAAAUGUUCCCUUUGAUGUGAAGGAUGAAGAACUUUACCAAUUGUUUUGUGGAACAGAUGUAUCAGCAUCUAAUGUGGAAGCUAUACGGGUUGUUAGGGAUCCUCAUACAAGCUUGGGAAAGGGAAUUGCAUAUAUCCUGUUUAAAACACUGGCUGCUGCCAAUUCAGCUGUUUGGAAAAAGGAUUGGAAGAUCAGGAAUCGUGUUCUUAGAGUUUGCCAUGCAAAGGCCAUGGAUGCUAAAACACAAACUGUUGUUGCAGCAUCAAGAACGAAAAAUAAUAUUCCACAAUUCAAGAAUCGUCUGAAUAACAGUGGAACAUCAGGUGAAAAUACUAAACCUAAGGCGAAGGCAACUAAUGUUUCGUACCAGGGCAUGAGAUCUAGCAAGUUUGGUGUGCCCAAGAAGUCAAAAUUUCAGAUCAGACCUAGCAGUCAAGGUGGUCGGAAGAUUAAAAGGGAUGGAGAGCCAGACAAGAUGACUCAUGAAGCUAAGCGGCCUGCGGUUGCUGCUAGAAAGGCAAAGCAACUCCAAAAGAAACAAGGGCAAAUGGCCAGUGGGAUGUCGGCAAAUAAUCGCAUGAAAACGAAAGGAAGAAAACAUUAAUAUUCAUGCUAUAGUUUUAACUGUCUCAAAACUGAGGAAGAGAAUUAACCACUCGGGUGGGAGUUGUAGGUUAUUACAUUGUGAACCUUUGCUUAUAUUCAAAAGAACAGCCUACCAAAUUCCAUCAUAGUGCGAAGUAGUUAUCUGGGAAUUUGUUGGGUAUAAUUAUUGUUGUUAUAAUUUUUUAUAUUCUUUUCAUUUGUUGGAAUUUUUGGUGAUGGUCAAAUAGUGUGAAUUAGUUCUUUGUAUUCAA